GCUCAUUGUCAUAAAUUCCAGUGUGUGGAACCUUCGAGCCUCUUCAAGCCAUAUUCUAUACUUCCUUGUUCUUUGAUUUCCUUGUGCCUUCUCGUACUCAUGCAGCAUAUAGAUGAUUCUAUAGACAAAAUACGACGUCGUAUUGCACGUAGUUACUGGAAUGGAAAGCUACGUUGGAAACCCAGAGAACAAUUACUCAAGUUGGUUUAUGGUACUGAACCCCGUCCUGAAUUCAUCCCUUUCCAGGUCCCCUACAUGUGUAGAAAUACACCUUAUGAUGGCCUUGACUUCUGGAACUAUCCCUCCCGCGUAGGCUGGAAAGUCAACAGGCAUGACAACCGGUGUCAUGAAGGCCGUUGUCCUCCAGGCAAUUGCGUUGAAUCCAAUGCGAACGAAGGCCUCUCACUACCAUAUGGACUCCACGCACCUGCUGUAUCUCGUACGGACGGCAGUAUUGCCCCCGUGAAUGAGAAGGUCGCGUUUCUCCAGGCUUGGCUAUUCUUCGGCGCGUUAACGGAGGUCUGCUCCAUUUGUGGGCUAGUAUUCGACUUUCACGAGUCCUUACAUUCAGGCGAUGUCGUUGACACCGGUGCACUAAACGGCUUACCGAUUAAAUUAUAUAAAUCGUCUCAGCAACUUGGGCUGGCUGGUUCAAUGAACCUAAGAAGGCAGCUUCAUACCAUCAUGCGUCAUAUGCAACUCAUCACCACCAGAGCGCACGAGGUGGAUGACGAACACGAGUAUGCUCUUGCAGAAUGCGAAGUUUUGCUCUCGAUUCACGUCCUGCUUCGGAUAAUUUGCCUUUCCCUCCUCUGUCAUGCACCGCAUUGGGAGUUAGGUCCCACUGAUGGUAUGCAUAUCCCUCUGGUGCAACCAUCUCCGGAGUGGAGAUCAGUGCCUGAGGGUCUAGCAAGGUUGGGAGUCCUUACUUUAGAUCGACUCGCCCAACGAGGCUGGUGCAAAAGUGACAUCCACCUUAUGCGGGAUGAGGAUGUCUUCGUCUUUGCGCCAUACUUGAAACGUCCUGGUGCAGCGCUUCGAGACCAUACCGGCUGUACGGAAACGAAGUGCGUUGCACAUCAGAUUGUUGAAGCAGAAUACAAGACUGCUCAUACAUAUCCUGGCUGUACUUGUGAAUUCAUUGCUAUCGAUCCUGAACGUCUCCGCUCUGCGCUUGAUGCGAAGAGGAUCCCAAAGGUUAUCAUAUCGGAUGACCUUGAAUUAUCUCUCGUUGAUGAUGAGACCCUUCCAUAUGUCGCUAUAAGCCAUGUCUGGGUCGACGGUCUUGGAAACCCAUUUGAAAACGCAUUGCCACGAUGUCAACUACAAAGACUGCAUCAUCUGGUUAACAUCCUCUGCAAUACUUAUCGUCUCAAUCCAUCCCGUCGUCGUCGCGUAGGAAUUUGGAUCGAUACUCUCUGCAUUCCAGUGGCUCCCCACCUCAAGGAGUAUAGGAAACUAGCCAUUCGACUUCUGGCGCAGACUUUCCAACAGUCUAUAGCAGUCUUAGCCCUUGAUCGAGAAUUAUGCUUGUUCGAUUCACGCAAAGCUCCUAUUCUCGAGUUGGGUAUCAGAGUCAUAUGUAGCGGAUGGACCAAGCGAUUGUGGACUCUUCAGGAGGCCGCGCUGGCAGUCGAGGGCUGGAGUUCUACAGCUGAAGGGCGAUUAUAUGUUCAGAUGUUGGACGGACCAGUUCUCUGGAGAAACCUCGAUCAAACUUUCGUUUACAAACGACCCAAAGCGUAUCGUCUGUUGCCGAUACCUGAUCCAAUGCUUGACACCGUUGACGAGGUCAAAACAAUCCUACUCUUCGAGAUGUGGGUCAAAACGUCUCUGAACAAGCGUUUGCCUUCAGUUCAUGACCUGCAGGGCUCCAGUUGGGAUGCUCCCCUUGCAGCGGUAUCUCAAGCUGCGCAUAGUCGCUCCACAAGCAAGGCUGAAGAUGAACCUAUCUGUUUGGCGUCACUUCUUGGCCUCGAUCUCGCAAAGGUUCUCAGCGUGCAAUCCACAUCUGAGCGCAUGAUACAAGUUUAUUUGCUACUUCGAGAAUUGCCUAUGGCGAUCAUAUUCGCCCAACGUGGGGUUCCAAACUUUAGAGCUCGUAAUCUGGAACAAGCACCUUUCCGUUGGGCUCCGAAGUUACUUUCGACUUUGGAGAACCCUCAAUAUAUCCGUUGGCAGGCAACUGGCGAACGAACUGGGCCAAUAUUUCAUCGUUCGGAUGGUAUCUGCGAGCCCGACGGGUUUCACUUUCAACACCGUGGGCUACUUAUCACCGAUCUGCACGAAGGUGCUCUGAGCCGAAGAUACAUCCUUGAAGUCAUGGACAAUGGCCAAGUCCAAGAGUAUGUCUUGGUUUGGCUGGGGGGUGUGCCGGAACGGCCGCCUUCGGACAUGGCUUUUAUCUUUGAGAAUGACAUUGACGCAUAUGUGGCAAUGGUUUGCAUAGAGGAAAAAAGGCAAGACGGCGAUGGCAAUAUCGAAUAUCUUGCCACACUCAUUGGUUAUGGUUUGGUCUCAAAAAUGGAGGAACGACAUAGAACAAAGGUCAAAGCUAAAUUGCGAGGCAUUCUGACCAGCUCUGAGCAGAAGUGGUGUUUAACGUAGAGUAUUGAUCAGUAUAAAGGUGCAUGUUGCGCUUGGACUUGUUACAUCUAUAGGCUGACCGCCGAAUGUUUUGGACAAAGGGAAUUACUACUUGUAGAAAUCAGCCACGCUAUGAUAUCUAGACACUCUGUUCGAUAUCUUUUUCUUCAAAGCUACCAACUUCCACUUGCGAUUAACGUACGAGUUACAUUGAUGCGUUUAUUUCUACAGCGAAAAGUUACGUUUCGCGAUUGCUCGCAGCAAUCGUGGAACGUAACUUUUCACUAU